AUGUUUUUGAAUCUUGCAGCCCUCGCCAUCCUCCCCGGCUUGGCCUAUGCCUACGCCAACCCUGAGCCGUGCUCGGGUCUAUGUGUCAUUAGUGACCCUGGUCUUAUGCGCCGCGUAUCCGAUGGCAAAUACUUCCGCUUUUCCACAGGUGGUGAGAUCACGUAUGCCACCUCGGACUCACUGAACGGCCCCUGGGAAGGGGUUGGAUCUGUUGUCCCUGCUGGUUCAAAGAUCGUCCACCCUGCACCCGAUGUUCAUUAUAUCGAACAAACCUACUACGUAUUCUAUGCGGUCUCCACGUUCGGCACCCAGAAUUCUGCCAUCGGCCUCGCCACCUCCCCUACCAUGGAGCUCAACACCUGGACUGAUCACGGAUCGAUCGGCGUUUCUUCUCACAGUGGCAAGCUCUACAAUGCCAUUGAUCCCAACCUCAUCAAAGCUGAUGGAGCUUUCUACAUGAACUUUGGCUCUUUCUACGACGACCUUUACCAAGUCCCGAUGAACGCAGCGGGAACCAAGACUGCUGGCAGCUCUGCAUACAACCUUGCCUUCAACUCCACGGGAAGUCAGGCCGAAGAAGGAGCAUACAUGUACCAGCACGGUAACUACUACUAUCUUUUCUUCUCAUCGGGUACAUGCUGCGGCCUUGAUACCAAUCGCCCGGCCCCCGGCGAGGAGUAUAAGAUUAUGGUUUGUCGCAGCACCAAGGCUACUGGUGGAUUUGUCGAUAAAGAUGGCAAUGAUUGUCAGGCUAACGGCGGCACUCCCGUUUUGGAAAGUCACGAUAACGUCUAUGCACCUGGUGGCCAGGGUGUCUUCGAUGAUCCUGAAUACGGACCGAUCCUUUACUACCAUUAUCUCAACACUGACAUCGGCUAUGCUGAUGGCGACAAGCAGUUUGGCUGGAAUGUCAUUAACUGGUCUGGUGGAUGGCCUUCUGUCUAA